GGGGAGUUGAUAUCAUUUGUGAAAUUACUAGUUGGAGAGAGAGAAAAUAGAGAUCAGAGAAGAUAAAGGAAGGAGAAGAAGAGAAGAAGGAGGAGUCAAUGAGGAAGAGAGCUCUCCCCAAUUCAAGUCUUCUUCCAUUUUCUCUACAUGUAUUUUCUUCCCUCCUUUAUGGAGUAGUCCUCUUAGGUACUAGGGAUUCAAACCCCCAAACCCUAGAUUUAGGUUUUGAAUGUAGAUAUAAUUGUGUUAGAGUUUUUGAAUGGAUUUGUCUAUUUCGGUGAUUUAUGCUUGAUUAUGCUGAAGCUUGUGUCUCGCAACUCUUCUCUACUAGCCUACAACUGAGUCUACAGAGCUAGUGAGAAUUUUAGGGUUAGACUGGGAGCGCUUAGUUGAUUAAGGCUAGAUGAAUGAUCUUAGGGUUCCUUUUAGUUGAUGAGGCAAUUGAAACCCUGCUAGAGAUGAUGCAAGCAUCAUCAAUCCAUUGCUUUAGUGGGCAUGAUAGGUUGAACCUAUUGAGAGGAAUUGGCGCUUAUUCCUUAGUAGGUGAACUUUGACUGAGGUGACAAUGGGUCUCUGGGUGCAUACUAGGAGGAGGCGGAGUAAUCAUUGAAACCCUCACUUUAGUGAAUUCCACACCUUAUCCUGCAAACCCAAUGAUACAAGCACAUAACGAUAACCGUAUUUGUCAAAGUCGCGCAACCACAAUCUGUUUAGGGUUUUUUGGAAUUUUCUCAACAACACCAAAAAGUAAAAAGAUAAGACAGAAUUGAACUUCAACACAAAAUUGGGAAGAGGAUCGAACAGUAUAAACGUAGUAGCUCGACCACAAUGAAGGGAUACUUGAUUGAUACAUAAACAACACUCUAUUCUAUGGAAUCCACCAAUAACACAAAGAGAAUUCGAUGAACAAUGUUCAACUGAAAAAUCAAUAACACAAAGCGAAUUCAACGUCUAAAAUAUGCCCUAAAUUCGUGUUUACAAUCCUUUAAAUAGGUCGAGAAAAAUAAAACUAAUAAAAGGUAAGUUUAACUCGAAAUGAAAAAGAGUCCUAAACACAAAAGGUAAGUUUUACCCGUCAGCCGCGAUCCCGGAUUGGGGAUUUAACACAACUGCCUGGGGUUCAUUCUAUUUGUGAUCCUCGGUCCCACUCUUGAUUCCCCGGUCGGGGAAUUUAGUAUUUCCUUAUUCGGGGCUAGUUACACAUAUUUACCCCUCGUUUCUUGAGUAUUUGACUUGGUUGAUUAUCGUCUCUCGGCCUAUUUUACUUUAGAGUGUGUUGUUUUUUUUACAUUUCAGGUCUAACACGUGUGGAAGGGUUGAGGACGAGUUUCAAGAAAAUUGGAGGUCGAAAGCGCCGAAAAGUGAAGAACAGUCAAAUGUCACGGGCAGAAGUCAAAUGUCAUGGUCUCUAGGCCGUGACAAAUGAUCCAAGACCGUGACAAUAACAAUUUUCAGAAAGGUUUGCACACUGCACAUGCCUAAAGAUUUCACGAUCACCGGACCGUGAAAAUCUCAAGGAGACCGUGAUGUCAAACCAAAACGGUGCCAAUGACCUGUGUUUUUUUUUCUGAUGUCAUGGUUUGUGGUUCAAUGUCACGGCCGAGAAGUGCUGACCGAGAAAGUGAUUGUCGGGCUGUAUAAAUAGAAGGUUGUUGGGAGUGAGAAGAGGAGGUUAGAUCUUGGGUUGGUUUUACAUUUUUGGGUUCCCUUCUAGGGUUCCACUGGAAGAAACCCCAAAGGGGAAAUCAUAGUGAGAGAAAUGUAUUCUUCUUCAAAAUAUAGAGAGAGAAAGUGAUCAAUAAGGAGAGAAGAAGAAGAUUUGGGCACACUUCAAACUAGAGGAGUGAAGAUUCUCACCUCUCAAGGAAAUUGUCAUCAACAAGAAGGAAGACAAAUGUCACAGUCUCGAGGCAGUGACAAAUGAGCCCAGACGGUGGUUAAGGAAGUCCCCAUGGCAACCCUUGGUCGAUUGGCCAAGAAAGCUAAUUCGUUAGCUUUAUUUGACAUUCCUUGGCCCAUCGACUGAGAGAGUGAAGCUUACACACACUUGGCAUUUUUUUCGACUAAUCUUUAUAUAUGACUAGCGGGAGCAAUACCCAGGUGAAUUCUUCUCUUAUUGGGUCAACCUCGUUUUACUUUGCUUGCUUGUUUUUAUUUGUAGUUUCUUUAGUUUUAACCAAAAACUAUUUGCUAGAUAACAACUUAAGCGAUUGAAGUAGGGAUACAUGGACCAGACCGGGUUUGACAAUUAAAACUGUUUGCCUAGUCUACACCCGGUUAGAUUUCAUACUUGGGAUCUAGUUCGGAUUUUAAUCGUGGUAUUCGGAAAGAGUCAAGUUUUUGCCGCCAUUUUCGGGGACUUACGGUCCAUUAUUUUGAAAAGGUUGUUUAGUGUUACUCUAACAUUUUCUCUCUUGUCUUUUUUUCUUUUGUGUUUUAUCUUGUUGUGAUGCAUUGUUGAGUCAUAAAUCCUGAUAGCUUCUCCUACAUGUGAGGGUAUCAACCAUCAUUGAUAACACCCAAAUUGGUGUGAUUUACCCUUCAUAUUUAGGAUUGUUUCGUGUUAAUUCAUGUGCAUAAUUGUUAGAAUAGAGUCGAUUGCAUACCUAUUUCAUUCCUAUUUGAUCAUGAUGUGAUUUUAGGGUGCUUUAGACAAUACAUGAGAAUUAGGUACGAAAAAGGGCACAAGUGUAGCAAAAUGGGCAGGAAUCGAAUGAUCACGACCUGGAGAAGAAGAUCACGACCGAGAAAGCAGACUGCAAAUUUGGAGGCUAUGGGCGCGAACUUUGUGAAGAUGCCAUCCAAGGAGAAGCAAAGAGUUUCCCAGUCUGAUCACGGUAACCGCUCACCCUGACCGCGAAGAUGAGUCGCGACCGCGAAGUUGGCCCGCGAACUCCCCUAAUUUGAAGACCAAAGCGGUGAUGCCUGAAGAUCGUGGUCUCAAGGAAGAAGAUCAAGACAUCUAUCUUCCCCCUUCCUGGCCAUGAACAUGUAUGUCUCCUAAACAAGUUUACCGAUUUGUAUUAUAAGUAGUGGUAUUAUGUACGGUUAAUAUGCUUUGUUCUGUUUGUCGGUUUCUUUUGUAAUGUUUGUAAGCUUUGUUAUUUUUGUCCACCAUGUUUGCCAUUUUUGUCAACCAUGUUUUUAAUGUUUUUGUCUAAAAUCAACAUGGUUGACUUUUGUACGAAACUCCUCUAUAUAGAGAUGGAGCCUCCAAAGUCGACCUGACUAUUUUUCCAUUUUGUAUGGUUUGUCGGUCUAGUUUGUCAUUUUUGUCCACCAUGUUUGUAAUGUUUGUAUAUCUAAAAAACAACCGGGUUCACUUUGGGACAUAACCCCUCUAUAUAGAGAUGAAGCCUCCAAAGUGAACCUGAUUGUUUUUUCUAUUUUGUAUUGUUUGUAAAUCUGUUUGUAUGUUUUGUCGUUCUACUUUGUAUUGUUUGUAAGUCCGAUUUGUAUAUUUUGUAAUUUUUCAUAAUAUCAGAAUUAUUCUUAUUAUUAAUAUAAGUAAUGUUAUUUUUUUAACAAUUGGAUUGGUGUUACUAUAUAGAUCUAAAAGCUAGGAGAUAAUCAUAGGAUCCGGCGAGUAACCUUUGGUUAAAAUAAAAGUCCAGCUCCAGCCACAGCAAACUAUAUUUCCAAUUUCCCAAAGGCUUUCCUUUCUUUCAACCUUCAGCCCUAGUAGCAGCAGUAUCUCUACAAUUCAAUAGUAGCCAACAUCAGAAUCAUCCGUUCAUCACUCAGUCUCUCUUUCGUCUUGAGUCCCAAUUUCAAUUUGACAAGAAAUCCGUUAGCGGAUUCUCCACAAUCGGCUGCGACUCAGCUUCUGAUCCUUUUGCUGGAAAUGGACGCUCUUCUCCCCAUCGUACUUCUCUCGGUGCUUCUCGGAGCUCUCAUCGCUUUCUUCUUCUUUAAAAGCUACUCCCUCAAACGCAAAUCUGAAAUCGGAACCUUAGCUAAACCCGAGCUUCAUUCCGAUCCCGCUAAGAAGCCCGCCAGGGCUCCCCAGUCCAAGAAAUCUCAUUCUAAACCCCACUCCCAUUCUCAUGUAUCUGAUAAGGAUCAAAACAAGCGGCAUCAUCCUUUGGAUUUGAAUACGCUGAAAGGCCAUGGAGAUUCUGUCACCGGGUUGUGUUUCUCCCCUGACGGACGCCACCUGGCCACUGCAUGCACAGAUGGGUCGGCUCGGGUAUUCAAGUUGGAUGAUGCUUCAAGUAAGAGUCAGAAGUUUCUGCGAAUCAAUUUACCGCCUGGUGGUCAGCCUGCUGCAAUAGUAUUCUCGGGUGAUUCUUCCUCUGUGGUGGUUGCAUCCCAUGCUAUGAGUGGUUCAUCUCUAUAUAUGUAUGGAGAAGAAAAGGCCAAGCCUUCAAAUGACUCUAAGCAGCAACCCAAGCUUCCUCUUCCUGAGAUCAAGUGGAAACAUAACAACAUCCAUGGUCCAAGAGCUGUAGUGACCCUUGUUGAAACGGCUUCGACUUAUGGCAGUGGUGACGGAAGUACGAUUAUUGCAUCUUGUUCUGAAGGCACAGAUAUUAAACUUUGGCAUGGAAAAACAGGAAAGCUUCUUGGUGAGGUUGAUACAAACCAGCUUAAGAACACCAUGGCUACUAUAUCACCGAAUGGACGUUUUAUUGCAGCUGCAGCUUUUACUGCUGAUGUGAAGAUUUGGGAGAUCAUCUACGCAAGGGAUGGCUCUGUCAAGGAAGUAACAAAUGCCAUGCAGCUUAAAGGGCACAAGAGUGCAGUGACUUGGCUAUGUUUUUGUCCCAGCUCAGAGAAAAUAAUCACAGCAUCAAAAGAUGGUUCGAUUAGAAUUUGGAACAUCAAUGUUCGGUAUCAUAUGGAUGAGGAUCCAAAGGUCCUAAAGGUGUUCCCAAUCACAACCCUCGACUCAAACGGUGCUACUGUCCAGUAUAGGCACUUAAAUAUCUCCCCAGAUGGCAAGAUACUUGCAGCGACGCAUGGUCCAACAUUGCAGUGGUUAUCCGUUGAAACUGGAGAGGUUUUGGACACAGCUGAAAAAGCCCAUGAUGGUGAUAUCACUUGGACAGCAUGGUCGCCCAAGCCUGUUCCAGUUGGUGACAGACACACGUUGGUGUUGGCAACGGCCAGUUUGGACAAGAAAGUGAAGUUGUGGGGAGUUCCAUCAUCAUCAAAUUAGUGACCCUAGAGACGGUUUAAUGGUCUGUCCACUGAUCUAGCACUGGAGGGAGCAAAGCUUAGAGGCCUGACUGAUGGCAGCUGUUGUCUUCUGCUUCAGCAGUUUUGAACUGAGAAUUAGUUCUCUUCCGGUUGAGAUAGUUGAAGUGUUCUUUUUCUGGAUUGCCAAGCAUCGUUCUAAAAUUGCAAAUUGCUAAAUCCGAGGGGUGGUUUAGAUGGAUCAAUUGUAAAAUGAGAUAAUUUGGCCAAUUAUCUCAUUUUGGGCCAUUCUUCUUUCUUCUCAGCAACGCUGACUCGAAAUCCAACUUCGGCAACAACUUCUAACACUCUUUAUUGCUGGAUGUUGGAGUUUAGACCUGGAAGUCCAAUACAGAGUUUGGAAAUGAGAAGUUUGUGUUGAGUAGAAUUUGUAUUCAAACGGAGAGCAUGCUCAUAGAGUUGGGGUUUGAGAAAAAUACUAGAGGUUUCCUUACUGCCAACUAUGAAAGUUGAAAAGGAAUAUAAUAUCAUAAUUGAUGACUUGAUAUUUGCACAUGUUUUUCCUGUUGUUUCUUGAUCGAUUAAGCUUGUAUUAUCGCUUUUUUAGCCUAUUUUACGCUAGGUUGUGUUCCUUUGUUCAUAAAGUGAAGCAUAGGCGUAAGUUUCAAGUCAAUCGGAGAUCAAUUGGAGACUCGAGGGAAGAAACUCAGGCUUGACUUGAAGAAUGGAUUUCUACCUCAUUUUGUAACCAUAGAAUCAUGUAAUCGUGUCAUGAGAAGAAAGAGGAUGAGACUACAAGCGUCCAGGAUCAAACGACACCUGAUUUGGAGUUCGAACGAUGGAGAAACGAAGAAUCAAAGACAUGGGACCCGUAUUAGAAGGCCCCCGGUCGUGAACCAAAAAUACCUGGCUGGGUACCCAAAAUACCCGACUGGGUAUUUUCCUUUUUACCCAGAAAAGUGACCCAGAGCAUUUUGUUGAUACCCGACCGGUCCUCUAAAUACCCGACCGGGUAUUUGGACCAGGUUUCGUGAACGCAGACCGUUAAAAGCCUGUUUUGUGCGUUUUUGAAGGGGGAGAGCUGGGUUUUGGAUCCCAAACACCCAAGGGACGAACCAAAGAGAGAUAGAGGGAGAUUUGAGAGCAAUCUUGGAGUGGAAUUGGAGGAUUUCUUUGUUGGGACUUUUAGGGACGAGGGUACACGUACGAUAGCCCGAGAUCGGGUGACCAUGAUUGUGAUAGAGUCGUGAACAACGUUCACUUUCCGAAAAGAAUAUUUCCACCCUCUACAAAGCCUUGGGUUACAGGAAAUUUCUUCCGAGGAUAAAACUAUCACCACUUUAGGUUCUAGGCUCAAGAACUCUAAAGCAUACUUGGAAAUUUUUGGAAGAAAGAAUAAGAAUAUGUUUCAUGGUGUGUGGCAUCAUCCACCCCACACAUAUUUAUAGGGGCCGAAUCCAUGCAUUGUUUCAUGAAAGGUCGCCUUUAUCCAUAUGAAAGGUUGUCUUUAUCCAUAUGAAAGGUUAUCCUUAUCCAUAUGAAGGGUUGCCUUUAUCCAUAAGGUUAUCCUUAUCCAUAAAAUAAUGCAACCGCCACUAGGCCAAAGGGAUGUGUCCCUUCAUGGAAUUAGAAUAUUGGUUCGAUCGGUCUAAUAACAAACCGGUUGGUCGGUCCAUCCCAAAAUUGAUUUGACUUGGUUAGUCCGGUUCAACCAAAUUUCCAACAUUCCUCCCUCAUUUUAGUGUAUUCCAUGAAUUCACUAAAAUUAUAACAUUCUUCCAACAAAACUUAAGCAUAAACGAAAAUGUCGUGA